AUGGCUUCAGAACAGGCGACCAAGCCCUCGGUGCUGAUAAUAGGAGGGUUGGGCUACACCGGACGACACCUCACCAAGUACAUCCACGACAACAACCUAGCAUCGCAGAUACGCAUCGUCGACAAGCACCUCCCAGAACUAGCAUGGCUCGCACCCGAAUUCAAGGAAGCGUGCUCGAGAGAGCGAUUUAUACAGGCGGAUGCGGCGCAGGAAAAAUCCCUACCACGAAUAUUCGAUCGUGAAGGCGGUGCUGAGUUCGACUACGUCUUCAACUGCGGCGGCGAGACACGCUUUGCCCAAGACGAAAAGGUCUACGAACUCCGCUCCUACGGCCUAUCCAUGGCCAUCGGCCGCGAAGCCGCCAAACGCAAAGUCAAGUGCUUCGUCGAAAUCAGCACUGGCAUGGUCUACAAGUCCGACAGCACACCGAGCAAAGAGUCAGACAAGCCGAAACCGUGGUCAAAUCUGGCAAAGUGGAAGCUCAAGGCUGAGGAAGACCUCGCCAAGAUCGACGGACUGAACCUGAUGGUUAUGAGGAUGGCACACGUCUAUGGCCCGUAUACGAGCAAAUUCCUGAGCACAGCGCUUUGCAUGGCGCGGGUAUACCAAAGCAAGGGAAAAGAGAUGCGUUUCCUGUGGAAGGAAGACUUGAGAACAAAUCUGGUACAUGUCGAGGACUCCACUAGGGCACUAUGGCAUGGUGUAGAAUGGUAUACCAAGAGUUCCCCAGGACGCAGGCCAGCACCCACUUUCAACAUCGUGGAUCAUGCAAAUCAUUCACAAAAGCAAACAGCCCAGCUCAUGGGCGAGAUCUUCAACAUUGAAACUGGCUUCCACGGCACACUCAUCUCAGCUUUUGCACGGCUGAACCUCGACCACGUCGUGGACGAAGUAAACGACGAGACACUAGACCCAUGGGCGGAACUACAGCAGCAAGCCGGCAUCAGCUCAUCGACACCGCUGACACCAUACAUGGAGAAGGAACUUCUGAAAGACGCAGAUUUAAGUAUGGAUGGAAGUUUGUUUGAGAGGGAGACGGGAUUCAAAUACAACGUAGAAAAGAUCACAAGAGAAAAGGUCGAAGAGGUCAUUGAGAGCUAUAAGAGGAUGAACUGGUGGCCAUAG